AUGAAUUCUACAAAUAACUUAAGUGGUACACAAACUUCUAACGGUACUAAUAAUCCAAUUACAAAUGAUGAUAUUAACUCUUUAAUAUCUAUGCUUCCUAUUAAUCUAGAUGAAAAUAGUAUAAUAUUUUUUUUUGCUGCUUUAUUUAUUUUUAUUUUUUUCCUUCUAAUAUACUAUUGCUCCAUUAAUGGAUUGCUAAAACCGUUCUGUAAAAAAUGUUUAGUAUGUGAGUUCGAAGGAGACGAUACAUUAGAGCUUUUGAGAUUCGAUGGGCUCGAUGAUCAUGAAGAAAACUCAACAGACAAUGAAAAUAAUUAUGCUGAAACUAAUAUAGAUGACAUAAUGGUACCAGCGGUUUGCGAAAAUUUGAGAGAAAAUGAAUUUGAAGCGUAA